AGCAAGAGGACUAUUUUCUAUUGCUCCCAACUUUAUAGAAAUAGUUGAAAUUACCACAUGUCUGCUUUUGAAAUUUUUACAGGAUAAUCACAGUCCAAGAAAAAAGUUGGGGAAGUUUUGUUGGAGCUGGACAUCUGAAAAUGAACACUUGGGCUGCUCUCCUUUCCUUUGCUUUUUGUGAAUUACUCCAACAAAUGGAAGCAUCUCUUCUCAACUGCAUUCCCAGGAAAACCAUAAAAUAUCAAAAUGAUAGCAAAGAAUUUGGAAACUCAGGAUUCUCCAAUUUUUCAACACUCUUAGUGAAUAAAGAAACUGACACCUUAUUUAUCGGCGCCAGGGAAGCUGUCUUUGCUGUUGACAUGAAUGACAUCACUAGAGAAGUGGACAGUGUGUAUUGGUUUGCCACUGAAGAUCGGCGGCUGGAGUGCAUCCGUAGAGGGAAAGACACAAUACAAUGUCGAAAUUAUAUCCUCCUCCUCCACAAGAUAAAUGAUACAACUUUGUAUGUUUGUGGGACCAAUGCAUUUCAUCCAGCUUGUAACACCAUGGUUAUCAACAAUACAGAGAUGCAUUUAGAGGGCAACGAGAAGGAGAGCAGAGGGAAAUGUCCGUUUGAUCCCACCCUCGAGUAUAGCUCCAUAUUUGUCGAUGGUGCACUUUACUCAGCUACUUACAACAACUUUUUGGGAACUGAACCUAUUAUAUUUCGAGGACUAGAAAAUCAUUUAAGGACAGAAUUCAAAACAUCUUGGUUGAAUGAGCCCAGAUUUGUUCAUAUGGAUUUAAUACAAGAGAGCGAGGGAAAUGCUGAUGGAGAUGAUGACAAAAUUUAUGUAUUCUUCACUGAAACAGCUAUCGAAUUUGAAUUCUAUGAGAAACCUCUAGUUUCAAGAAUUGCUCGUGUCUGUAAAGGUGACCUUGGAGGAAAACGACUGUUACAAAAGAGAUGGACAUCAUUUUUAAAAGCCAGCCUCAUCUGUUCUCUUCCAGAGUCAGAUUUCCACUUUAACAUUGUUCAGGAUGUCUUUUUACUUAAGACAGGGAACUGGAGAGAAACUAUAUUUUAUGGGAUUUUUUUGCAGCAGUGGGGGAAGUUGGAUACCACUGCAGUUUGUGCUUACAGUAUGAAAACAGUUCAAGAUGUUUUCUCCAAGGGAAAAUACAAAGGACUUAUAACCAUGGAAAAUUCCCAUGUUAAGUGGGUGAUGUACAGAGGAGAAGUUCCUGUCCCUCGACCUGGUGCUUGCAUUAACAAUUUUGCUCGGAGCAUCGGAUAUAAUACUUCUCUUAAUUUGCCUGAUAAAACCCUCCAGUUUGUGAGAGACCACCCAUUAUUGGACAGUGCACUUCAUCCAAUUGGGCAUAUGCCAGUGUUACUGAAAAGAGGCUCAAUAUAUACUAAGAUUGUGGUAGACAGAAUAAUUGGUCUGGAUAAAAGAGCCUAUGAUGUCUUAUUCCUAGCCACAGACAAUGGCUAUUUGCACAAAGCUCUCAACUGUGAUGGGGAUAUGUUCAUUGUGGAGGAGUUGCAACUGUUCCAGACACCAGAAUCUGUGCAUUCUCUCAAAUUGUCAGCAGAAAAAGGCAUUUUGUAUUUAGCCUCUUCUAGUCGGGUGGUUCAGGUGCCUGUUGCUGUGUGUGGCCGAUACCUGCACUGUGUGGAUUGCAUCUUAGCUCGAGACCCUUACUGUGCUUGGUCCCAGAACCAGAACCAGUGUGUCUCUGCAGUGGACUACACUAACCACUCUGAGGUUUUGAUUCAGAAUAUUAAAAGUGGAGAUGUGUCAGAGUGUCCUGGAGUGGACAGGCCCAUUCAAAAUGUCGUUGUGGCACCUGGGCACAGCAGCCACCUGAGAUGCUUGCCCCUAUCCAAUCUGGCCUCCACACUGUGGCUCUUCAAUGGAAAACAUCUUCGGGCAGAAGAAACAAAACACCUUCUCUACCAUCAAGGACUGUUGGUGUUUAAUAUAACGGAGGCUGAUGCUGGACGCUAUGAUUGUCAGUCUGUGGAAAAAGUUGGUGGGAGAGAAUUAUCCAUCACUGUGGAAAGCUAUUCCCUUAGCCUUUGGUCUGAAAGUUUGGUGAGCUUGGUGAAAGGCAGCUCAGAGUGGCCUCGAGCAGAAACAGCCCCUCCAAACUUUAAAUCUGGUUCCAGCAAAUACAGGGACCCUGCCCACUGGGGAACCCAGAAUGAGAAGCUCCUCUCCAAAAUAUUCAUCUCAUUGUUUGCCUUUCUCUUUUUCUCCUUACUCUCCUGGAAUUUUGUCAAAGGGCUUGCAUGUCUGCGCUCAGGGAUCCGAGCAAAGGCCACAAAUGCAUUAAAAUUAGAUAGCUUGGAAGAUCCCCCCUUGGAAACCGAGGAGCCAGGGCCUGGAAAGCGGGUGAACUUGACAAUCAAUAGCUCCUCCUCUCUGAUGCCACUUGUCAGCCCUUCCUCAGCCAGCACCUCCAAGAAUGCCAGCGCCAGCAACAACAGGGCUGUGAAACACCCCCCAUGCUGCCCAGCUGCUCUAAAAGCCACUCUGGUCAAUGAAUGUUCCAAAGUGUAGAGACUGAGGGAGGUCAGGCACCCCCCCCCUCCCCAAGGCACAGCAGAGUAAAGGAGACCAGACACUCCUCUGCAUCACACUGGCAAACCCGGAUUCUCCUUUCUGGCACAUACAUACCCCGAUCUUUAAAACAUCUUUAGACUUGCAAAAAAAAAAAAAAAAGAAAGAAAGAAAGAGAGAGAGAGACAGAUG